AUGGCACCGGCCUCUGCGCAUCAUGCGCAACGGUUCCAGCCGGUUCUGUUUAGCGAUGCUGGAUCGAAUUUGUACCCAUUAUGUGACAUGCCUCAUGAUACGCUGCCCAAGGCCCUUGUGCCUGUCCUCAAUCGCCCGGUGAUUGCGUACCCUCUGCAAUGGCUCGUCACGGCCGGUUUUCGGUCGUGCUUGCUGGUAGCCCCUGUGGCCGAUCAUUCCGCCCUGGCAGCCGCGCUACGAUCGCUGUACCUGAUCCCCCCUGGCUCUAGCCGCGACGUGGAGCAAGCCAUGUCAGAAGCGGCCAACAUCGCUUCGUCGUCGUCGAGCGAAGGCAAUGUGGCCGUGACGUUCGGCGGCAGUGCAGCGACUACCGUGCCUGUAGGUACAGGCGACCUGGUCGAGCCAUCGCCCAUGACUCCUGUGCUCAACGUGGAACUGGUCGCGUACGGCCCCAAGCCUGGCGAGGCCGUGCGCAGUCUCCUCGACCCAUCGUCUACCGUGACACGCACACGGUGGGGCACUGCGCAGCUGCUCUACUGGCUCGCAGCGACGCGGCAGCUGGACCGGGAUCCACUGAUCGUGCCGGUGGAUCUCAUUGCCCCCCAUGUCCCGCUCACGAGUUUCCUGUCGUCGCACCUCGGCACCGACAAAGCCACGCCUACGCUUUCGUGCCUGUUUUACGAGCGUGGCGCCGGGGAAGGGACCGGCAAAGAACGAGAGCGCGAUGGGCCUGCGAACCUGUUUACGGCGUACGACCGCCGGCCUCUGCGUGUGCACGAAGGCAUUCGUGUGCUGCCUGACUGUGUCAAGGAUACUCUCUACGUGCACGAGCCGUUGCUGGUCAUGGACUCUGACGACGUCUCGGACAAAAACUCGUCGGAUUUGGAGCUGCGUAUGAGCUUGUUAUGGAAGCAUCCGCAUGUGCGUGUCUCCACGGCGCUUCUUGACUCGCAUGUGUACGCUAUGCAUUUGGAGCCCUUGCUCCCGCUGCUGGAAUUGCAUCCGGAGCUCAACAAUAUCACGGAACAGUUGGUCCCAUUUGUCAUCAAGUGUGGCUGGCAAUCGCGUCUGAGCUCGAAAGCUGCCUGGGUCGCCCCGUCCUCGUCGCUUUCGCCCGCCUCAGGCGAGACGCAGGUCGCCCCAGCGCCAUGGACGAGCAUUGCUGAUAUGCGUGCGAGUGCCACGCCGUUCCAACCGCAUUGCGAAAUGCUCAUUGCGCGUUUGCAGCCGGAGCGGCAACGUCCAUGGCCCGCGGCCAAAGUGCUCGAAGCACUUCAACCAUCUCCCAAUUCGGCCGACCAGGGCUUCAUGGCACGAGCGAAUACGGUGCCUACGUACUUGGAAUGCAGCCGCUACCUCUUACGCCAAGCAGGCCCGACCGCUGCUGUACUCCCUGCGCCGUACCCCCUGCCGAUUACGGCGGGGUGUGGCACCUUGCCCUUUGAAGCGACCAAGGACGAGGAGGGCCCUAUUCAUGCACGUGCGCAGCUGUCUGCCGACUGCCUGCUGGGCGCAGGCACACGCAUUGACGAGCGCGCUACCGUCAAGCAGUCCAUUGUCGGCCGCAACUGCACAAUCGGGAAAGGUGCCCGCAUCCUGCGCUCGGUUCUGAUGGACGGCGUUGUUGUAGGCGACAAUGCGAAGCUGGAAAGCUGCAUCGUGGGUCUGCAUGCGAAUAUCGGCGAGCGAUCGCAGCUGAAAGAAACCGAUGUGGGGCCACAGUUUGCGGUGGCGCCUAAUACCGAGUCCAAGAACGAAAAAUUGGUGGCGUACGAAGGCGACGACGACGAUCUCUAA